AGUGGAGAGGGUGGCGGGGACACCCAGGACUGAGGAAAUAAACAAGGGGAGCGCCACCACAGGGGUGGAGGUAAUGCUGCUGGGAAUCAGCCCCCUCAGACUUUCCACUGCGAAGCGAAACCGUGAGCUCUGGGGUGCUGGGGGGGGGGGGGGCAACGGGGAGGGGAAGUGCAGAAGGUGGAGGGAAGACAGAAGGACAGGGGCCAGGGCCCUGGGAGCAACAGAACGGCCUCUAGCUCAAGACAGCCACCUUACCUCCACUCUGCUCUCUGCCAGCGCCCUGCCCCGUCCCCCGGGACCCCCACCCCACCCUGACUGCACCCUCUGGCUGCCCGAUCUGCCGGGCUUUCCUCUAGAUACCAGCCCCUGGUCAUUGGUUCCUCCCUCUCUCUCCAGGACUCCAUUCCUCUUUUUCUAGAUUCUCUUUCUCCAACACCCUCUUUGCAGAACCUCUCUUUUGAACAUCAGUCCUUCCCCACUUUCUGACCUCUUCCCUUUGGAGGGCUGUGUGGCCCAGGCCUCAGAGGAGAUGCGGGAGGCUCGGUUCCCGGCCUGGCUGCUUCUGCAACUGCUGUGGGCAGCUGCAGUGGAGGCUCCAGACCCUGGGGCAGAGGUCCCGGUGGUGUGGGCCCAGGAGGGGGCUCCUGCCCAGCUCCCCUGCAGCCCCACAAUCCCCCUCCAGGAUCUCAGCCUUCUGCGAACAAGACAAGUCACUUGGCAGCAUCUACCAGACAGUGAGCCCGCAGCGCUCUCCCCCCGGGGCCCGGGGCCCCGCCGCUACACGGUGCUGAGGCUGGCUCCCGGAGGCCUGCGCGUCGGGAGGCCGCCCCUGCAGCCCCGCGUGCAGCUGGAUGAGCGCGGCCUCCAGCGCGGGGACUUCUCGCUGUGGCUGCGCCCGGCCCGACGCGCCGACGCCGGCGAGUACCACGCCGCUGUGCGCCUCGGGGACCGCGCUCUCGCCUGCCGCCUCCGUCUGCGCGUGGGCCAGGCGGCGGUGACUGCCAACCCCCUCGGGUCUCUGUGGACCUCCAGUUCCGUCAUCUUGAACUGCUCCUUCAGCCGCCCUGAUCUCCCAGCCUCUGUGCACUGGUUCCGGGGCCCAGGCAGAGUCCCCGUUCAGGAGUCCCCCCAUCACCUCUUAGCCGGAAACUUCCUCUUCCUGCCCCAUGUCAGCCCCUUGGACUCUGGGACCUGGGGCUGCACCCUCACCUACAGAGAUGGCUUCAAUGUCUCCACCACGUACAGCCUCACUGUUCUGGGCCUGGAGCCCCCAGUCCCUCUGACAGUGUACGCUGGAGCCGGUUCCAGGGUGGAGCUGCCCUGCCGCCUGCCUCCGGGUGUGGAGACCCAGUCUUCCCUCACUGCCACGUGGGCCCCUCCUGGGGGAGGCCCUGACCUCCUGGUGGCUGGAGACCAUGGCAACUUUACCCUUCUACUAGAGGCUGUGGGCCAGGCCCAGGCUGGGACCUACACCUGCCGCGUCCACCUGCAGGGGCAGCAGCUCAGUGCCACUGUCACUUUGGCAGUCAUCACAGUGACUCCCAAAUCCCAUGGAUUACCUGGCAGCCUGAGAAAACUGCUUUGUGAGGUGACUCCAGCGUCCGGACAAGAACACUUUGUGUGGAGCCCCCUGGACGAGCGGUCUCGCAGGACCUCUCCAGGCCCCUGGCUGCUGAUGCCGGAGGCCAGGCUCCUUUCUCAGCCCUGGCAGUGCCACCUGUACCAGGGGCAGAGGCUUCUCGGGACCGCGGUAUACCUCGCUGAGCUGUCUCGCCCAGGUGCCCAACGUUCCGGGAGAGCCCCGGGGGCCCGGAAAACAGGCCACCUCCCUCUCCUCAUCCUUGGUAUCCUCUUCCUGCUCGUGUUGGUGACUGGAGCCUUUAGCUUUCACCUUUGGAGAAGACGGUGGCGACCAAGAAGAUUCUCUGCCUUAGAGCAUGGGACUCACCCACCUCAGGCUCAGAGCAAGAUAGAGGAUCCGGAGCCCGAGCCGGAGCCCGAGCCGGAGCCCGAGCCCGAGCCGCAGCCGCAGCUGAAGCAGCCCUGA